AUGAAUUUUGUUCUAGGAGAUAUCGAAACCGACUCGAGACUGACUAAUCUUGAAAAGCUGAACCAGAAUGGUGGGAAAGUUCUGUUCAAAGUUAUGCCAAAUUCAUGCACGUUUAUCAGCGGAUUAGCCCCCUCCUACUCUACGAGGUAUAGCGAGAAAGCUCUUGGAGAAUACAUUGAAAUCAAGCCAUUUAAGAGAGCUAUUGGUAGACUCAACGAUGUUUUGUUCCAAUUCUGGCCAUGUAGUAUAUGAUACUAUAUCUUUGGUCUCUUUUUGGGAAUUUUUACUUGAGGCCUCACUUGUCUUCUUCCAUAUAUUUGUAUCAAAGAUGCCAAAAGGGAGAUAGAUUACGAAGUAAAAGCACUAAACAAGGAAAUUUUUCAUCCAAAAGGACUUGAGAUCGAAUACCAAGGAUGCUGCUAUUGGUCAUGAUUUAGAAUAAAAGUGUUAGAAGAAGAUGAAAUGACACAGCUAGAAAGGUCCCCGCUAAGUUAUAAUUCAUUCUCAACAAAAGAGGAGACUGUUUAGAACUAUCAAUGUUUAAUUCCAUUGUUAUCAUUAAAUUU